AUGGUGCCAAUAAGUUUUGUUCUUUCGCCUGUUAAUAGUCCGCCCCACCUGGCGCUGAUUUCUGCAAACUACUCGCGUCUAUACGACAUGGGCCCCUCCUUGCUGAGUGAAACGUUAUUGCACACAUUGCUCCCAACGUUAAAAACUUGCUUCAAUAGUACCGAUGAGAUGCAUGGAGGAGUCUACGAGCAAUGGCAUGCGUUACGAGUGGGAGAAUAUAAUCGAGGCCUGAAUGAAGAAGUCAUGUGGCUUGACAUUACUCAUAAGUCGGAGCAGCAUUUCACCUUUACUGUGAAAGGUGGUUCUAACUCGCAUUACCAUCUAGAUUUCACCGAACUCAAGUCUCACUUUGCUUGGUCUCGCCAGCUUUAUGGUAUCAGGAAAGGAAUCGAUGUCAAGAAGCUAACCCGCGCCGUCACUGGGAUCGAAUAUGAUUAUGAUGGCUUUCUGAGCAUGGUGGUGGAUACGUUCGACUUUCUGGUUGAGAAGGAGAUAGCCCUUCAUAACAUACACUCCCUUCUGUUGGACCCCACUCCUUUAUUUUGCCAGCAAAUCCAGGCCCCCAUUUGGGAGUUUAAAUUCAGCAGCACAGCUAUGAACAUCACCAUCCAAGGCAAUUCCACAUUACAUCACAUCACCAAUACCGAAAAUCUAAAACUCGAUAGAAUCAGAACAGUAGUAAAUUACCUAUUCACCAGACUCGACACCAAGUCCAAGUCCAACUAUCUAGAUUUACAUUCACUCCAUUUCAAUCCAUUUCAUCCUCAUUCCUCGUCCUUCAUCCCUCAAGCACAGCUCACAGCUACGUGGGUGCCUAAGCUACCUAUUACAACUACAACGUUCACCUCCGCCCUCACUUUCACUUUCACCAGCACUACAGCACACAGAAAGAAAGGAAAAGAGAAGAGAGAAAUGCAGCCGCUAGAUGCAGCGCAGAAGGUGAGGCUGCGGAGAGCCGAACACAGCGUUUUCCUCCCAUAUCCCCACCACGCCUGCUAUGAAAACUCCUCCACAUCCGUUGAUGCUGAACGCUUGGUUGAUAUCCAGGCCAGCCACCUCGCCGCAAUAUGA